ACCCCGCAGCGCGCCUCGCACGAGCACGGAAGCAGCCAUGGCGCCGAGGGAGGAGACGGUGGGGAGGGGGCCGGCCCGCCAACGCUCCGCCCCCGCCAGGCCGGGGCACAAGAUGGCGGCCGUGCUCUCCCGCUCAGCGCGGCGGGUGGCGCGGGCAGCGGUGCGGCGCUCGGUGGUUCGGCUGUUCGCCUUGGGCUGCUGGGGCUGCGCGUCCGCAGGGAAGCGGUAUCUGCUAACAGAAGAUAAUAUAAAGUUACAAGAAUUCCAGCAGGCGAAAGCGGCAAUUAGAAAUGAAUUUCAUGGCAAUAAAGAUCCAUAUUUUAAAAAUAUUAAAGAAAAAUUAAAGGAUAAUAGAAUUAUUCUCAAAAAUGAAUUAAAAAUUUUACUGCACUUAUGUCAGACUUCAUCAGAUGUGGACCUAGCCAAAAAAGUUAUUUACAGUCUUUCUAAUAGGUACCAUGAACAGAGUGGAAUCACAGACUUACGUGGUUUUAAAUUUGGGCCCCUUUUUAUGAGGCUAUGUUUUGAGCUAGACCUUGAAACACCUGCAGUAGAACUUAUCAAAGAUCAGAAUUUGCGUGGUUUUUUCUCAGACAGUACAUCCUUCCAUAUUUUGAUGACUAUGUUGUUUAAAAAGGGUCGUUACAAAAGUGCCUUGGAAGUCCUAGCAGAAAUGAAAAAACAAGGAAUACCUUUCAACAAAGAAACCUAUUUACUAGCGUUUGCAAUAUGCUACAAACUGGGCAGCCUGGAGUCUUGCAAAAUCUCUGCAAAACUGCUUGAAGAAGCUCAGCUAAAAGGUGACACAUUACCACUGCGAGCAUUCUUCUUUGCUGUGGCAUCUGCUCUGAAGCAGGAUGAUAUAGCACAAGCCCAAUUUUGUUGUUCUCAGAUAAGGAAAACAGAGAAUAGACUAUACAGUAACCUUAAAGUUCUUGUCCAGCUCAGAUCUGGUUUGCUAGAAGAAGUAAUAAAAACUUUAGAGGCAGCGAUGGACGUAGAUACUCCUCCCUUUGUGAAAAAAAUUGAAUUUUCUGAGCAAGUGAUUCACUCAUUCUUUAGCUCAUACUCCAUGUAUGGCAUAGUUUACUGAAAUUUCCAGCGUUCUUUUAUAUGACUGUUACUGAUUCAAACUCUACAUUUAGCUUCAUAUGGAAUAAUAAUGAUAAUUGUGCUUAACUGGAAAAUAGAUUUCGGGAAGCACUUGUGUUGCCUGGCUUUAAAUAGAAAACAAUUGUGUUAGUCUGUUCUAGGACUGAAAAUAGGACUGUACUAGUUGGAGAAAGUUUUUAAUGUAAUAAACUUUCUCUAAUAGGUAUCUAGUGCAUUUCCAAUAUUGCCUGCUGAUAUAUGUUUGUACUGCCUAAAUUCCUUUUCUUAUAAGCCAUUGCACUAGCUGUGUAUGUUAUGCUGGGUUAUGGGUUUUUUUCUUUGUCUUCAGUAUGGUUUUUGAUUGAGAUCUCUGCUGGCUGAAUUGUAACAGUGUAUUAUUUUCCCUUCCUCAGCUGGCCACAGCCAGGGAAAAGAUGGAAAAAAACCCUGACUUUUCUGACAAAUUAAGAGAUGUUUAUGCCAAACUACGAGCUUCAGGACAGAUAACCACAUGCACGUUGGAAGACAUGCUUUUCCAGAUUCCUAGUUCAAAGAAGAUUCCAACAAAACUUUUAAAUAAAAAACAAUUGGGUUAUCAGGCUGCUAAACUGCUUCGGUCAAAUCUACUGUUGGAAUAGUUCAAUGUUUAUUGCUAGACUGAACUAAUGUCACCUAGAAGCACGUUUGAAUAAAAUGUUUUCUCCCCUUCUCAA